CGUCGGGAGUGGGAGUCGGAAGAUAUCUCAUUAUCUUUAGUAUUUAAUAUUUUUAAUUGUCAGUUUAUGCUUUAGUACUUUACAGUUACGCUGUUCACAACUAUUUCAGAAGUGUAUCAUGAAUGACGAUUUUAUAAUUAGCCAAAGCCAGUAGAUAAGCUCAAGAUUCGGGGAAAUAAUUUAUGCUAUCAUGGACUACUCUUAUACAAGGGUACAAUAAACUUUUAGAAAAAAAACCGGAUAUAUUUUGAUUUCGCUUAAAAUGAGCGAUACUCGACAAACAGAUGACGACAAGUCUGAGAAAAACCAUGAUCAGAAUUUAGAAAAACUGAAUGAUUUGAAUUUGAGAGAAGAAAAUGAGGUUUCUGAACAGGACAAAUGUACGCCCACACUUGAUUAUCUUCAGUCCAUUGUUGAGGAGCUGUAUACGUUUCAUAAAAAUUCAUCAGAAAAUAAUACCGAAAAGGUAUCUUACAAUAAAGAAGUACUCAAUGAAAAUAUUAAAGGAGUAUUAACAUUGAUGAAAACAAAUGAAGAAGCUGCAGUUGCUGAAAACAAAGCACAGUAUUUUUUUUUACUGGGCAAAACUUGGAGUGUUACUCAACCAGUGACUGAAGAAUGUAUUAAUGUAUUGUCCAAAGCUGUUAAACUGAAUCCAACACACUUAGAUGCCUGGAAUUCGCUUGGGGAAUGUUUAGUACAUUUAAAAAGGUUUUCCGAAGCCAAAUAUUGUUUCCUUGCCUCAUUGAAACACGGUAAAUGUAAAGUCAUUUUGAGGAAUCUAUCUAUUAUAAUGCGAGAGGCUCAGUUAUUGACUAAUGAAAAUAUUAAGGAAAACCUGAAUGCAGGUAUUGAGUAUGCAAAAGAAGCUGUUGAAUUGGACACUAAUGAUGGUGAAUCAUGGGCAAUACUUGGAAAUGCUUAUCUAUCCUUAUUUUUUAGAAGACAAGAAGAUAAGCUCCUUAGACAAUCCAUCAACUCUUUUGAGAAAGCUGUCAAAGAUCCUGUAGCUGCCAAAAAUGCUGAUCUUCAUUUUAAUCGAGGCGUCGCUUUAAAGUAUGGGGAAAUUUAUACUGAUGCUUUAUUGAGCUUUGAACAAGCCUCAAUAUUGGAUCCAAUGUGGACUACAGCUAAAGAAACUUUGGAAGAUCUUAUUAAAUAUUUGACCUCAACACAAACAUUAUAUCAGCGUAAGGGUCAGGUAAAGAGUAAGAGACUGCAACAAAUGACAGAGUCUUUAAACCCAAGUUGCUUGGGAUUGUACAACAAUAAAAUAAAAACAAUGAAAGGUCAUGUAAAGUUGGAACAUGUUCCACUAUCAAAACUUCAAGCCGGUUUUAAUGCUAACAAUGUAGUAUGUGGCCGAGUAGUAUGUGUUGUAUACAAUCAGGAACCUGUCCCUUAUACAUUCUGCCUGGUUGAUAAAGAAUUAUCGUGUGUUGUGGUAUCGGUAUACAAUCUAGCUCAGGGUAGAGGACCGAUCAUAGGAGACUCUGUGGCUAUUCCCGAACCUUAUUUGACUCAUAUUGAUGCAAAAUAUAUAAAUCAGACAUUCCAGUACCCUAGCAUAAGAGUAAAUCUUCCUUUAACUAUGGUGGUAAACAAGAAAAAUGUGAGUGCAGAAUGUGUAUCUCAACCACGGUUUUUAUCCAAACCAUUUUAAUAACUGUUUCUAUUUUCUUACACCAUACAUUUUGUAUAGUCAAUCAGUCAUUUCAUCAUGAUAAUCAUUAUUAUAAAAUUGUUUUUUAUGAGCUUAAUUUAAUUAACAUUGUCAACAAUAUUUGUAAAUACUUUAAAUUAUUAGUGAACUACUUUCAUUAUAUAGAAGACCUUCCAUCAUUAA